AUGAGUGACAAAAUUACUGCCGAGCUUGAGAUACAAGAUCAAGGAUCAAGUGCAGAAGACUCCAUCCUCAAAAACAUCGGAAGAACGAGAGAACUUUGGAAGGGAAACUUAGAAGUUCAGAAAUCAACAAAGAUGCUUGAGCCAAAACAUAAGGACUACUCCGCAAUAGAAAUUAAGGACAUCACUUCAAGUUCUGAUUCUGAAAGCGAGUCUGAAAUCGCCACACCUUCAGUAUCAAACUUGAAGAGCAAAUUCUCGGUGAAAAGAGCGGCUAAGCCGCUCGUGGUUCAGCCGAUUCACGAGCCGGUAAUCCGACGUGAGCCGAUUUAUCUCAGAAAUAGGUUUCACAAAGAACCGACUAAUCAAGAAGAUAUAAUACGGUCCGAUCAACCGGGGACAAAGGAAAAGCCCGACUAUUCAUUCAAUGUCGGCGACUUGAAGAAGCAAUUUACGGGCGCUGCGCCGAAGAUUUCUCGCCCAAUUACGGAGCCGCUGCCUAAUAAGUCGUCGGGAAUGUCAAGGACGAAAUCCGCGCCGCUCAACUCCACGAGCAGUCAAAAGAAUCAUCAAGAAGCAGAUUCGGAGAUCGUCAGGAGUCAGGCCGGUGUCAGGGAGGAAGCAGUGAAGCCGGAAGGUGGUUUGGCUGCGAUCAGGAGUCUUUGGCAGACAAAUGUUGAAGAAUCAAAUCGUGGUCGAACCAGAUCCCGUCGACCCGACCCGAUCGACUUGAAAGAAGAAGCUCGCGAAGUAAAAAUCCGGGACAAAUCCCAACGUCGCGAAAGUCGACAUGCUCGGCGCGCGGCAAGUGCGGGGAGGGGAACUGGAAUGAAGGUUUAUAAUGAUGGGAGUUCGAGGAGCAGACGGGAGGAGAGCAAAUCGCCGCCGAGGAGGAAGAAGACCCCAGCGCCGGUGAAGAAGGAAGUGAAGAAGGAGGUGAAGGUCGAGAAGCCAGUUCAGGUUGUGGAACGACCGAAGACUCCAGAGCCGGAGAUCAAGAAGGAAGAGACGAUUAAAGCUGUUGGUGUUGAAGAAGCCUUUGACCUCAUGAGCGUGGACCGAAGCCUAGCUACGACUCAAACACUUCCAAGCCCAACAGAAUCAAAUCGAACCGAUGUCAAAGACGAUUUCGACCUCCUCAACGGCGAUUCUUUCAACGAUCCCUCAACCGUCAAAGACAUCAAGAAAGACAUCAAAGAGCCAGAAGAUGUGAUUUCAACGAAGAGCUCGGAGAUUGAUUUUGAAGAGCCAAGUGUUCAAGAAAUUGUGCCAAAAAAGGAUGAAGAAAAACGCGCCAGUGGAAAUAUUUCGACGGCAGAAUCUCCAGUCAUCCCUGAGCCUCUAGAAAUUAUCGAUACGUCUCAAGAACAAGUCCUCAGCCAAAUCCAAUCUUCCUCAGUCACUCCAAGUCUUCCAAACUUAUCCGAAAACCUUCCAGCAUCCUCUCCUCAAUCGCCAAUCAACGAUGAGGAAAUUAAUCUUCAUCGAGAAUCUCAGUUGCCGAUUAAAGAGUCCUUGGAACGAACUUCUUCUGGUUGGCUAAAGAUUGAAAACGACCAAAGCUCAGAAUCUGAAUCCAUCGACACUCAGAAAACUGAGUCGACAAUCGCUUUGGCUGUGGAGCAAUCUGAUGAGGAUCAAAAAACAACCGCCUCUGGAUUUUCUUCCAACGAUAUUCUCGAUGAAAAUUCUCCAGGAAGCGCCAAUGAAAUCGAAGAAAAGAAAAACGAGGUCGAAAUCAAGGAAGAAGAGGCCGAAAUCGGAGAAGAAAUCCAGGAAGAAAAUUUCGAAAAUGUCAAAAAUGUCGAAAAUGUCGACAAUGUCGAAAAUGUCGAAAAAGUCGAGAAAGUCAUCCAAGCUGAAAUCAAGGAAGAAGCCCAGGAGCCAAUCAGAACUCAUGAAAUAUCCCCAUAUGGCGAAUACCUAGAAAGCCAAGAGGAAGAAAACCUGAUAGAAGAGCAGAAUGAAGGAAGGAUAGAAGAAGAGUUCGAUCAGUUAGUGAGCGUGACAAAAGCGAUUUCGGAUAAAGAAGAUUCUGAAGAUUUCAAUGAACAACCUUUGUCGAAUAUUUCCGAAGCUACGGAAGAAUUUUCGCCAAAUGGAUCGCUAUCGAAGGAUAUGAACAUCCAAACCCUCGGCGACCACCAACCAAUCAACGCUCCGCUAGAAGUCUCCUUCACCAACCAACACUUUCUCGAAUCAUCAAGCUCUUCAGACGAAGAACCAGCAAUCGAAGCAAGAAGAACGAUCGGAUUUGCUCCAGAAAUCGAGAUUUUAAACGACAGUACCGACGACGAAAUCGUCGAGAUUUGCAAAGAUUUCAAGCCAACUCACAGUCGUGAACCAACGCCGCCGCCGAAUUUGGCCGAAAGCUCGAGCGAUUAUUCCGCCAGAAGUUCGGAUGAAGAAAGCACCGACCCAGAAAUCCGCGAAGCCAUCCAACAAUGCUCAAUGCAACUGACGGAAAAAAUCAUCAAGGACUCGCUCGCCCAAGUGAAAAAUGAGUCAAUUGUGGACGAUUUUGAUCUUCUUGGAGAUCUUGGAACAGUCUCGACGCCAAAUGCUCCCCCCGGUGGCUCGAAUUCCUUCGACCUGCUAGCUUAA